AUGGGCGAAUCCACGCCGUUUUUCGUUGAUCGAGCGAAAGGAGGACGAGCUUCGUGUAAAGGGUGUAAGACGAACUGUCCUAGUGGUGAAUUACGAAUUGCAAAAUUAGUUGCCAGCCCAUAUGGAGAUGGUCAGCAGAUGAAAUCAUGGCACCAUGUGGAUUGCUUCAUGAAUGUGUUACUAAAGCAGAGACCAGCAACCAAACGAGUAGAUUCAAUAGAUGACAUUGGCAAUUGGGAUAACAUUAGUAAGGAAGACCAAGAAUUAAUAUUGAAAAAACUAAAUGACAUGGAAAAAUUGUAUGCUGACAAAAACAGUGGAAAAUAUACAGCUAAAGUUAUCAAAAAUAUUUCUACACCAACUGUUAAACCUAGUCCUACGGCAUCGCCGAGCAAUGGUGACACAGUGAGCCCUAAAAAGGAGAAGGUGGAUACUGACGAUGAUAAGUUUCUAACAUUCUUCAAAUUAUGCAAAAGAAUCGCUAGGGUUGAUGCUUAUACUGAAAAAACUGCAGUAGUCAAUGAUUUCUUCAGAAUUGGCACAGAUGGUACAUUGUUUAAAGGGAACCUCUCAUUGUGGUGUAAACUACUACUACCACAAGUUACGAAAAGAGUUUACAAUUUAAAAAGCAAGCAGUUAGUGAAACUGUUUUCAAGAGUAUUUGGCACGGAUCAUGAUGAUAUGUUGACUCAUCUAGAGAAGGGAGAUGUUGCUGACACAAUUCAACAUUUCUUUAACAAAUCAAAAACAGUCCAACCUGCUUCAGAGAGCACACUCACAAUCCAAAAAGUCGAAGAUUUCUUAGAGGACCUAUCAAAAUUAACGAAAGAAGAAGAACAAAUAUACCACUUCAAGAAGAUUGUAAAAAAAUGUACUGCGGAUGACCUGAAAAUGCUUAUUAGAUUAAUAAAGGGAGAUUUGCGAAUAAAUGCUGGGCCAAAGCAUAUAUUGGAAGGAGUUCAUCCUGACGCUUACAGUGCUUUUCAAACAUCAAGAGAUCUCAACAUGGUGUUAGAUAGGAUUAUAACUGAAGGUUCUACUGUAAAACAUAAAGAUGCAAUCCAAACAAGUUUUCGAGCAACACUUUCCCUCAUGACUCCUAUACUACCGAUGUUGGCUGAAGCUUGCAAAUCAGUGGAAAUGGCAAUGAAAAAAUGUCCAAAUGGAAUGUUCUCGGAAAUCAAAUAUGAUGGAGAAAGAGUACAAGUGCAUAAAAAAGGGAAGGAAUUCAAAUAUUUCUCUAGAGCUUUAAAACCCGUUAUGGCACAUAAAGUCAAUCAUUUCAAAGAGUAUUUACCGCAAGCUUUCCCUAAAGGUACGGACUUAAUCUUGGAUGCCGAAGUCCUAAUGGUAGAUGUUACUACAGGGAAACCGUUGCCCUUCGGUACUUUGGGUAUUCAUAAGCAGUCCGAAUUCAAAGAUGCGCAAGUAUGUCUGUAUGUAUUUGACUGUUUGUACUACAACGGUGAAGUUUUAAUUGAUAUGCCUAUUAGAAAAAGGAGACAGAUUUUGCAUGAGAACAUGGUGGAAGUGAAAAACCAUGUUAUGUUUUCUGAACAGAAGUUGAUUGAGAAGCCAUCGGAUUUAGCUAAAAUGAUUGCUGAGGUUCUUGAACUGGGCCUAGAAGGUUUAGUACUCAAAGAUUUGGAGUCUAAAUACGAGCCUGGCAAGCGACAUUGGUUGAAAGUGAAGAAAGAUUACCUAUUUGAUGGAGCCAUGGCUGACACUGCUGAUUUAGUGGUUCUCGGGGCAUGGUUUGGAACGGGUAAAAAAGGCGGGAUGAUGUCCGUCUUCCUAAUGGGUUGUCAUGAUGUUCGUCGAGAUAAAUGGGUGACAGUCACAAAGGUACAUACAGGACACGAUGACAGCACACUGGAGAGGCUACAGAAAGAAUUGGAGCCUUUAAUGGUGAAAAUAUCACAGGAUAACAAUAAAGUACCUUCGUGGUUGGACUGUAAUAACGGCAUGGUACCCGAUUUCGUAGCCGCAGAUCCUAAGAAACAACCCGUUUGGGAGAUAACUGGCACGGAAUUAACGAAAGCAAAACUACAUACAGCAGAUGGCAUAUCAGUGAGAUUCCCAAGAGUAACUAGGAUAAGAGCUGACAAAGAUUGGAAAACGGCAACUAAUUUGGAAGAACUAAAGAAUCUAUACAAGUCUUCGAAAGAAAAGACAGAUGUAUCACUCCUAAACAAACUGGCAGCUGCCUCAGACGAACCACCAGCGAAGAAAAUGAAACCUAGCCCCAUAAAGACUGAAAGAAGUCCUGCAAAACCUAAUAAAGUUAGCCCAAAAAAUAAUAUAGCAAACUAUUUUACAAAGAAAGACGAAAAGCCAAAAGCUAAUUUAAAACGCUCGAAAUCUCCAGAAGCGAAAAGCCCUUCAAAUUCUAUAUCUGAAUCAAAAGACACAAAAAUUAAAGAAGAAAAAAUGGACGUAGAUGAAGCAGACGGUAAUGAUACGGAAUUCGACUUUAAACCGGAAAAUCCUUUACCAGACGUUUUCGAAGGUAAACGUCUAGGUUUCUACCCAGAUUUCAUCAGUUUUCCAGAAGAAGAAAGAAGGUAUUACGAGAGACAUUGGAUUGCUUAUGGAGGCACAGUCGUCAAGGCCAUCAAGUCUAUGGACGUACAUUAUGUCUUACACAAUAAUAAAAGUAUAGAAUUGUCAAAAAUGGCGAAGUUGUCCAAAAAGGUCCCGUCAAAUGUGCGACACGUGUAUAAAGAUUGGUUGACUAAGUGCAUAUGUGAUGUAAAAUUGUGUGACACAAAAGAUUAUCCAGUUUUCAUUGUUAAGUAA